GGAUAGGUGUAGGCACGCAUGACGCCCAGCAACAACACGCGUUGCGGUGACAUCCUCUGUGAUUGGUGAACCGAACCACAUCUCUUCUUGUAAAAACGGCACAUUAACUCAUUUCCUCACACGUGUCCCUAUCCCCAACCCUCACUAACACGUACCCAUCCUUCUCUCCCCAAAUGUCCUUCUUCCUUAAUAUUCGCCUCUCUCUUAUUGGCCCUUCACACUUCUUAUAACCUUCCCUACCUCAUCACUCUCUUUGAUCUCUCACCAUCCAUAUCUUCUUCUUCUUCUUCUUUGAGUUCUUUUUUUUUCUUCUUGACGUCAUGAUAAAGAUACUCAACCCUCACUCACACCAUUCUCACUCGACCACAACUCUUAAAACAGCUGAGAUCUUGUCUAAAUACAGACCCAUUGCUCCUAAGCCCGGGACGCCUCGAGUUAAUGACGAUGACCCCUCUUCCUCUAUGUCUCACAAGAUCAGCCAAUCUCCUUACCUUCGUAACCUCUGGCCUCAGCUUCAAGCGCGGCCUACAAGAACCCGCAAGCGAGGCCGAGGCGGGAUGGGUCCCUCUUCUCUUGCUAUGAAGAGACCAAAGUCGUUAUGCGGUUCUUCUCCCACUUCUACUAAUUCUACACAACGUGUUCUUGGACCUAUUAAAACACUGCCGUUUCAGGCUUUCACUCAUCAUGGGUUACCUAACCUAGCUCAAGUUGGCUACGCUUUGGACAAUGGUGGCUCUUCUGCUUUGGUGACUUUACCUCUUCUUCAAUGCUAUCCUCCUCCCUCCAAAUGCAUGGAGCCAGAGAUCAAAGGAAAAGGUGUCAUUGAUCUCAACAAGACCGCGGAAGUGAUACAAGAGAGAGAUUUCUUGACGCAACUACAAGGACCCAUCACCACACCCACAACCGCAACCACAAGCAGAGUCAUAUCACCGCAGGCCAUAAGACCGGUUUGCUCAAAAAUCAACGUAGCCUACAUAAACCCACUAACCAACCCAUCUCCACCAUCUCAAACCAGCAAGAAAUCACCAAGAGAGGUCGAAGAGGAAGUCGAAUCCGAUGACUUGCCCUCUGUGAUCACCGAUUCCAACAACAGGGUCAGGCUCGUGAACUCCGCUUACAAGGAAAUGAUGGGUCAGCCCGAGUGCUCGUGGCUGGAUUCAAUGGUGAGAGGGAAGAGGAUCUGUGGGGAAGUAAUGAUCAAUUUUUGUGAAUCCAAAAUUCCAGUGAUGACUGAGAAUAAUGGGUUCUCUUGCUGGGUGAGGAUAGAUUGGGGAAGAGUCGGUAAGGAGGUGUACAUGCAUGCCUUUUGCGAUGUAACGAAACUUGCUUGCGAUUCCAAAGAUUAUGUCUUUACGUGGAGGUUUCACACAACCACUGACCGCAGAGAUACUUGUCAUUCAAGCUGCAACGUUUAGAUUAGGUUUUGGAAUAUGUGUGUUACCCUUUCUAGUAGUUCUUUAGCGUAAUGAUAUAUCUAUAUAUAUAUAUAUUAUCUAUAGCAAAUAUGUAAAUGUCAGUUAGUCAUAAUUUCUGCUGUUGAAAUACAGUAUGAAUUGAGAAGAACAAGUUCCUCCUUAUAGUAGAAUGGUAUUAUAAUCUCUGGAAACAGAAACUUUUAAAUUUCGUUGGUAAUGUACUUAACGUUGUUGUCUU